ACCGUCCGUCGUAGCAGCGAUGAUGGCUGUGACGUCUCUGCAGUUGCGCCCAACCCCUCGUCUCCUUCCGGCGAGAAAUAGCUCCACGGGCACUGGGCCGCGGAUGGCCGCCUUGAGCUGCAGACACAACCAGUCCACCAAUGUCCAAGGACGAACAGGGCUCAGAAGCCACGUAACGACGCGCAGAGACGCCCUGUCAUUCGUGUCAUCCGCGCUGCUGGCAGCGUUGUUCGUGGUGGCCGGUGCAGCAGAAGCUAGAACUUCGAGGUUGGAGAACAAAAAGAAAGCCCUGGAGAAGCUCCGGGAGAAGGCGUUGGGCCGAAAGGAGGAGAACGGAGCCACCGGUGGCAAGAAGAUGCCGCCUCCGACGAACUUGCUAAUCCGAUAAUCCCUCGUCCGGCCGUCGUGGCUAAAGGCACUUUGCCGAGGGGCCCUUUGUGUUGAUGGCGAUGCUAAUGUGAGUUUGUACGUUGUUGGAGUCUUGUAUGACUGCCAACUGGAAUCUGAGUUUUCAGUCUACAUUUUCUUAAGCAUUGCUGUACUGUUUGUUCAUCAGGUUAUAUGCCUGAAAAUCCAAUUGUUA